AUGAACAGCGGGACAGAAGCAGGUGCUUACAAUCCCAGUCAGAGAAACACCUACCGCUCCUCUGACACACCUGCUUCCAACCUCCCACCGCGUCCUAACCGCGGGUACGAGCAGCCGUCGCGUCCUAACCGCGGGUACGAGCAGCCGUCGCGUCCUAACCGCGGGUACGAGCAGCCGCCACGUCUUAACCGCGGGUACGAGCAGCCGCCACGUCUUAACCGCGGGUACGAGCAGCCGCCACGUCUUAACCGCGGGUACGAGCAGCCGCCACGUCUUAACCGCGGGUACGAGCAGCCGCCGAUGAACCUGCCAAGUUCCCGUCCCCCGAGAGACCACCCGACCCGCCGCAGGAUUCCAGCCCCCCACCCCCAUGUCGUGGACCAUGGAGUGGCCCUCCGUAAUGGAGGCCUACGGAACCCCCUGGAUGCAGUACGGCCCCCGCCCCUUCUGGUCACCCCCACCGUUCCCGCAACGCUUCGGAGACUGGCAUACAUCAUUCGGACCCAGCGAGAGACUUCCCGGCUUUAA